AUGUCUGGCGCGAUGGGCGCGCCCGGCGCGGGCGUGCGUCGCGGGCCCGGCGGCCGGACUGCUGCCGAGCUGGAAGGGCCAGUGCCACAAGGGCGGGGCGUCGGCGCGCCGAAGCCAUUUGGACCGCAACGCGGUAGGCAGGCCCCAGAUGCCUCAACCAAUCGUAAUGAGAGAUUAAAGAAGCGGAAGAAGAAGACGAUUCGGCCCUAUAAGUCUCCCUACGGCUGUGUCCCCAAGGGCAGGCCUGUGCCACCACCCCUGUCCUCCCCACCCUUCAUCCCCCUGGAGUCUCCAACACCGCCAGAAGGCAAAAUGGAGGCCUCAACUUCCGACAUGCCUGAAAUGUCACCGGAAGAGGCCAUGUUGGAAGUACUGACAGCAGGAUGGGAUUUGAGCAAGCUGGGAAUAGACAGCGCUCCCGUCAGUGCCUCCACCCAGUACCACAACUUCAACUUUGAAAGAUCAGGGUACGGCAAGACCUUCCAAGGUAUGCUACCAGACACAGCAGCCGUCAGGGCGACUGUGACCGACGACUAUGACACAUGUGAGGAAUGGGCUGACUCAUUCCUGAGGAGAGAUCUGCGUGUGCUUGGCUGCCAACUGUUCCACGGAUUCCUUGACAAGCCCCUCCCUCCACCUCCCCCGGGCAUGCGCCCAAAGAAGAAGUUUCGGAAGGAAAACGCCCUCGAGUUGCCAGCCACCCUGCCCCCUGAAGGGCCUCUGAAACUGAGGGAAGGUGGGUCGGUGAUCGCCCUCUUGUGCCUUGCGACGAUGGACGAGGUGCUGAUCGUGCAGUUGAGGCAGAUGGCGGCGAUCGGGCCAAAGUUCAGGAUGCUGCUUGAGAAUCCGUUUGUCAGGAAGGCAGGCCACCACUUUGGGAUGAACCAGCAGGUGUUAAGGCAAGACGGUGUCCAGGUCAUCUCUGGAGAUGAGGUCAUCCAGGUUGUUUUGGAGAAGGUGCAGCCCAAGCAUGUGCGCCGCAAGGUGCAGGAAGUGCUCCAGCGUGCAGGUUUUGAGAAGCUCGCAAAGUCUGUCGCUGGUGUUGACGUGCAGCCGCCCAUGGGAGUCAUGGCCUACAUGUGGGGAGAGAAGGAACUGACAGUCGAGAUGGUUGAGUUUGCCGCAAGGAAGGCGUGGACAUGCUUCGUGAUGGCCACCCUGCUCAACAAUGUCAAGUCCGAGGAGUUACCACUGAUCGGGGGAAUUGGCUCAGCGACCCCGGCCACGGAUCCUGAAAUCAACCGAAUUGCGCAGCAGUCCCUGAAGCUUGGGGCGCAGGGUAGCGGUGUGGCGGGUGGUGCUUGA